AUGAGUCCAGAGUCAGCGGCACACUUUAGACCUGCAGCCGUGCAGCUGUGCAGCUCAGCCUGUAUCCCCAGUGUUCCCAGUGUCCCCAGUAUCCCCAGUGUCCCCAGUGUUCCCAGUGUCCCCAAUAUCCCCAGUGUUCCCAGUGUCCCCAGUAUCCCCAGUGUUCCCAGUGUCCCCAGUGUUCCCAGUUUCCCCAGUAUCCUCAGUGUUCCCAGUGUCCCCAGUAUCCCCAGUGUUCCCAGUUUCCCCAGUGUCCCCAGUGUUCCCAGUAUCCCCAGUAUCCCCAGUGUUCCCAAUGUCCCCAGUAUCCCCAGUGUUCCCAGUGUCCCCAGUAUCCCCAGUGUUCCCAGUGUCCCCAGUGUUCCCAGUAUCCCCAGUGUCCCCAUUAUCCCCAGUGUUCCCAGUGUCCCCAGUGUUCCCAGUUUCCCCAGUGUCCCCAGUGUUCCCAGUGUCCCCAGCAUCCCCAGCAUCCCCAGUGUUCCCAGUAUCCCCAGUGUUCCCAGUGUCCCCAGUUUCCCCAGUGUCCCUAGUGUUCCCAGUAUUCCCAGUGUCCCCAGUAUCCCCAGUUUCCCCAUGUUCCCAGUGUCCAGUAUCCCCAGUGUUCCCAGUGUUUCCAGUGUCCCCAGUGUCCUCAGUAUCCCCAGUGUUCCCAGUGUCCCCAGUGUUCCCAGUAUUCCCAGUGUCCCCAGUGUCCCUAGUGUCCCCAGUGUUCCCAUGUUUUCCAGUAUCCCCAGUGUUCCCAGUAUUCCCAGUGUCCCCAGUAUCUCCAGUGUCCCCAGUAUCCCCAGUAUCCCCAUUGUUCCCAGUGUCCCCAGUGUUUCCAGUGUCCCCAUUGUUCCCAGUGUUCCCAGUUUCCCCAGUGUCCCCAGUGUCCCCAGUAUCCCCAGUGUUCCUAGUAUCCCCAGUGUUCCCAUUUUCCCCAGUGUCGUCAGUGUUCCCAGUAUCCCCAGUGUCCCCAUUGUUCCCAGUGUUCCCAUAUCCCCAGUGUCCCCAGUGUUCCCCAUGUCCCCAGUGUUCCCAGUGUUCCCAAACAAGUCCAGAAGUUUGACCCUGUUUGCUGUGAAGAGCAGCAGUGUUUAUUCUCCUCUAGUCCUCGUUGGCACCAGGACCAGGUCUGCUGCAGUAAACGGAUCCGUGUGUCCUUGGUUCUGGAUUACAGACAGAAAGCGUCCGGCUGCUGCCUCCCAGCUGUCGGAUAUUUCUGUGUCCUUACGUCACAUCGGCGCUACGACAGGAAUCCUGGACCUGCUCUCAGAUAUUCAUGUUGAAGAGAAGAAGCGUCGCUGGUUCGCUGAGUUCAGUCGACCUUGA